CGGGCGCGGCGCAGCGCGGGACGGCGGCGCGGGGUGCCGGGAGCCAUGGGCUAUUGCAGCGGGCGGUGCACGCUGGUGGCGGUGUGCGGCGCGCAGCUGGUUUCUGUGCUCGAGAGACAGAUAUUUGACUUCCUUGGUUAUCAGUGGGCACCCAUCCUGGCAAAUUUUAUACACAUUAUUAUAGUCAUACUUGGCUUAUUUGGGACCAUCCAGUAUAGACCUCGUUACAUAACAGGAUAUGCUGUCUGGCUAGUCCUCUGGGUUACAUGGAACGUGUUUGUUAUCUGCUUCUAUUUGGAGGCUGGGGACCUUUCAAAGGAAACAGAUCUCAUUCUGACCUUUAAUAUCUCAAUGCAUCGUUCUUGGUGGAUGGAGAAUGGACCAGGCUGCACCGUGACCUCAGUAACCCCAGCCCCAGACUGGGCACCAGAGGAUCAUCGUUAUAUCACUGUCUCGGGGUGUUUUCUUGAAUACCAGUACAUAGAAGUGGCUCACAGUUCUCUUCAGAUCUUCCUUGCACUGGCGGGCUUCAUCUAUGCCUGUUAUGUUGUGAAAUGUAUUACUGAAGAAGAGGAUAGCUUUGAUUUUAUAGGUGGAUUCGACUCUUACGGCUAUCAAGGCCCACAGAAGACAUCUCAUUUACAGCUACAGCCCAUGUAUAUGUCAAAGUAAACAUGGGGACUACUCAACAGGGGCUGGAGGACCUGUCUAAGAAACUGUUUCAGGAUGGCCCCCUAGAUUCUACAAAGAGCAAAAAAAUCCAGUUUUUGUGUUUUAAAAAAUGCUGAUUGAACAUUGAUACAAAAAUAAAAGGGCACAUUCAGCCCCUCUUUCUACUGGGUACAGAAGGAGAUGCCCAGGACUCGCACUUUGGACCUCCUGCCUCCCAGCGUCCCACUACAAGGCGCAGGAGGGUCAGAGCGGAGGCAUUGGUGCCAUCUUCUGUCUCUUCCCUACCCUGACCACCACCAGUCCUGCCCAUCUGGAUUAAGACAUGAACCCACCCCGUUUGGUGCUUUCAGAGCCCCUUUGCACUCCUGGCCACAUCAAGUCUCCGCAGUCAACAUGAUGCUAAAAAUACCAGGAUGACCUUGCGACAGAAGUCACUGGACAGCACGUUGUUUGCCCUGAAGGCUGUACAGUUCAUACUUGCCUUAACCCUACUGCGUUGCACAUCAGAGAAACUCAGUGCAAGCUUUCUGAAGUAACGUCCUUUAGGCUCAACAUGCUGUUGUUAAUUCUGAACGAUUUCUAAGUCAGUGGUUUUCUUUGUUUUGUUCUGUUUUGUUUUCAUGUCAGGGAAUAAGGCUCUGUUGCUCCUCAGCAGAGUGACUGAGUAGAAAACUGCCAGCUCUCAGAAAAGUGCUUUACUUUUGAGGCUCCACAGUGGUCAAGAUACAAAUAGUUUAUAAUGAUUAAAAAAAAAAAAAAAAAAAAGGAAAUUAGAUCUUAAUUAGAUCUUUUGGGGGCCAGGGUGGGGAAAAGGGUAACAUAAACUAAUAACUGAACCUACUGGAAAUAAGCAGCAGAAACAGUGCUUCUUAAUCCCGCUGUUUUUAUUUAUCAUACUGUAGGUGCUUUUAUAGCUAUCUCUAAAUGUCUUUUACUAAUGACAGAGACAUCCGCAGAUUUCUAUCAACCAAGGCCAACUGAAUAUAUACUAGCUAUGUUUACUCUUUUAUAUCUAAUUUCAACUGAAAAUUCUCUGUAAGUGAGCAUUUUUCUUUUCUAAUUGCAUCAUAAGGGAACUAUAUAUUUUAUUUUUCUUUUUGGUUGGGGAG